CGCCAUUUUAGAUUCAGAAGACGGCCCUCGCGGAUCGUUGAAGGGUUUUGACCUUUCUAAGUGUGAGAAACUGGAUGAGAGCAACUCCAGAAACAAAGUUUUGGAACUAACAUCCAGUCGUUCUCGUUAGUAAUUCCUUCGAUUCGUCACAAUGAGGGCACUGCACAGCCAAAGAAAAGAAGCAGAUACGGUCAAGAAAAAGUUUCUCAGCUUGAGAACUGGAAUGCUAUUCAUGAUGGAAUGUUCACCAGUUUCCAAGAGUCGCUUGUUCCUGGUAUGAACUGUGGAGCGUGCAGUGUUCGAUUGUUAAUGUUAUCCGUGUAUCGAUAAGAUGACUGUUAUGUUGGCUUCUUUCUUUGCGGCAGCUGUGUUGAAGAAGUGCAUAAACACACAUUGUUUCACCAACCAUACAAAUGGCAGGCUCGAACUUGGAAUUCAUUUGUACCCAGGGGUAGUUGUGAAAAAGUUGUCCGGAGACAUACCCAUUCCUGCUCUACAGCAUUUAUACGGCCCCUGGUCAUUGUUGAUGAUAAAGGACGAUAUCAUCGAUUGAAUUUCCAGUUUUGCCUCUGUGAACCAGAGUCUGUUACCCUGAUACGUCAUCACCUGUGGCCUUCGUCUCCAAAGAAACCACGCAUGUGUUUUCAUUUCCACUUCAUGGAUUUGCUGCGGGCAAUCCAGAAUAUCUACAGAGUCCUGAUCAAUGAAAGCUUCGAGGAAUACAGGGCUUUCAUAUACCAGUGUGAAUAUCUCCGUAAUGUCUGCCUGAUUUUGGUGAUGGAACAGUGUGUCCUGCUUGUCCAAUGGAAGAUGAUUAUCCAGUGAUAAUUUCAAUGGAUGGUAACUUUGGGCUUGUGCAGAAAAAGUCGUCUGGUGUCAGUUUUUCCGAGCCGAGGCAUGCGGGUCACUUCUUUUCUAAUCAGAGUGAGGUUGAUGAGUUUGUUCAAAAACAUAACGGAAACAUGAAGAAAGCUGGCGACGCUUGCAGCAAUUUCAAGGCUGGAAACACUUUGAGGACAAAUAGUCGAUUCGAAAUACUGGAUGAGACAGCUGUUUUUGGUUCGGCAUGUCGUCAUGUUCUGGUAGUCUUUUAGAUAGGUUGUUGCUGGCAAUUCCAAUAUUUCACUGCUAUGGCCACAAGUUACCUUGUAAGGUUAAGUACAGUCCUCGGCGAGUUGUUGGUGUUGGGUUAACAGACGGUGAGACACUGGAAUGUCUGGUCCUUUUUGCGGAGUUUCUCAAAGAUAGAGAAAGAAAUGACCCCCAGUCACAGGAUAGAUGUUCUUACUGAUGCUAUGAUCUAUGUAUUACACAAACAAGAAGUUCGCAAAGAUCGGUCCGUAUCUGGCGUCAAAGCUGACGAAAGCCGAGGAUGUAAUGUCAACAACAAAAAAGGAAUUGAAAGCUCUCCUUGAAGUGUCAGAAAGUCAGGUAGAACUCUGGCUUGCAGAGGCACAGAAUCCUGCUAGUUGUCAGCGACUGAGACGAGAUCUGUCCAGCAAGGCCAGUAUCUUACAUUCUGUCACCAAACACAGUGUUGAGGGGAGGCUGCAUCUCGAAAUGGUAAAGAAUUAAUUAUGCCGAUGGCUAGGCUAUUGCAAUUAAACUGCAGAAAAACAUCAACAGAACCAAUCGGCAUAUUAAGAAGAUGGUGGAAAUCUUCAACACAAAGGACAUGGAUGAGAGUUUACCAGAGUCACUUGUUUACGAAGAUGCAUUGAAGGGACAUUACUUUGGCAUGAAUGAAGCACCAAUUGCAGGUCCUAAUGAUAGUGUGCCAUUCUACCUUAAAGAACAAGCUGUUGACUUGUUUUGCCACCACUCCCGAGCUUUUGAGGAACGGUGCUUGUUGUUGAAGAAGAUGGUCAAUGUUGACCGCGUCUUUCGGAAGCAACAACAAGUUUUGUUGGCCUGUGCAACAUCGGACUAUCUCUCACAGGGCCAGAUGGAAAUGGUAGUUGCUAAGGCAAUUUCUAAAGAAGAACUUCACAAUGAAUUCUAUGAGGCAUGCAAGGGCAAUGUGGAAUUGCCAUUUCCUGGGCAGACAUUUAUUGCAUCUGUCAUUAACAAUCAUCAAAGCAUCACCACUAGUGAACUUGGCCUUCCUGAGGAAGAGGUCAGUGACUUCCUUGAAAGGGUGCAGUGUUUGGAGGAAGAGCAGGAGCAGCAUGGUGAUGAUGGGGACGAUCAUGAGAUAGAAGACGGAUUAAGUGCAGUUCAGGAGAGUGAUUACUUGGAUCUGAUUGAUUUGUAGCUACAAUUUUUGAGGUCUUCAUGUUUAAGGGUCGGUCCCUCCCUUCUCCUGGGACAGAAAAGAAAAAGAGGUUACGAAAGAACAAACAGAUGAGAAAAAAGGCUCAAUUAGUUGAAGAUCAAGUUGCUAGCUGUUCUUUUCAAGAUGGCAGCCUUCUGGACAAUGAAAGUACUCGGAAACCUACUGCACCUGUUACUGAUUCUUCUCAUCAGGAUGACCGCAAACAAGAAACUGAAACGCAGGAACAGUUAAAUGGAGCUGUAGUGUCAACAAGUUCACCAAAUAAGAGUCAUUGUGCUGCUAGCGCAUAUACACAAGCAUGGAUAUCAAAAUUUGCCUCACACGAUGCGCCUACUGGUAGUUCAACUCUUACAAAAGAAGCCAUAACUGUUCAAAGAAGGAAGUUAUGUCGGCAAAGUUCCACAGAGAGAAGGUCACCAGAAAAAUGUCCGUCACAAGAAAGUUCCAAAUUAAGACAACUGAGAAGUGACUACGAAAAGCUUGAAGACAAGUGUGACAGGCUAAAAGAUGAACUUGUGUAGACAGACAGGCGCUAUAAAUACUUAUAUGAACAGUACAACAACGUGCAAUUCAUGGUCUCAGUGCGGAAUGAACGACACAAAAUUUGUACCCACUUUCGAAUGGCGGAGCAAGUGUCGCUAUAUGCUGCCAAGCAGGUUGAAGAGAGUGUUUUUAGCAACAUCUUUUUCAAUCUAGACUUUGACAUAGACAACGUCAUUGUCCCUAUCAUCAAUGUAAAGCUGAUGAAAGUAUUAAAAGUUGGAGACACUUGCCAAAUAAACAAAGCCGCCUGCCACUCUGUCAAUAGGUUCGCUACUAAAGCAAUACAGUGAUGAGAACUUUGUAUCCGUUGUCAACCGUGUGUUUCAGGUGCUGUCCUGUAUUAAUGCCACAUUUACCCCAUUCCCAAUUUGAGUGUACUAUGAGGAUAUUAAACCGGCAUUGGUGACUUCACUCCACCACAUUACGGGGACAGUAUAUAGCUUAAACUUAAAGAACUGUUUUUUGGAUUUUUCCUUCCCAUUUAAGUGGGAGGGGAUGGGUGAAAGCAAUGGUCACAUUUGGCUUUCACCUCCGUCACCUCUUCGAAAGACGGUUUUUGCACAACAACUUGAAGGCUGAUAAUGUUGUGCUGGAUGCAAACGAGAAGGGCAUAGAUGUCAUUCUGUGCAGUUGGAAAAAUUCUUGUAAAAUCGAAUCUGGCCGAAUUUUCACGGAGAAGCAAACAAAAAAGCUGGCGGACAAUAUUGUGUCCCAGAGGUUUUGCACAGAGAGAAGCCAUUUUCAAUUGCAAGUAACAUUUAUGCAUUCGGUUGUCUUGGAAUCUUGGUUGUGAAAUAUUGUAGGGCAUAUGAAAUCACGGAUUACAAUUUACAAGUUGUGGAAAGAUUCUCUCUGAAAUGUGUGAGUCCGAGAUCUGCAGCAAGGCCAGAUGUUGAGCUGUUCAACGAAUACCUCGAAUCAUUUGACAUGUAAUACUGUGUGACUCUAACUGAAAAGACGGUACAUUCCUCUGACAUUGGCGGAUGGUAUUUUGGAGAACUUUGUUUUCCACCUGGAGGAUCUAUCUUAACUGAGAAUACUUGGCCUGCAAGGUCACAUACAAUUUACCAACUGUAUGACGAGUUUGGGUCUUGACCCUUUAGCUCCUGCGGGUCUACAAAUUUUUUUCCAGCAUCUCCCUGAAGAUUUCCAGGUAUUCCUAUAGUGUAUAGAUUUUUGGCAAAAGAGAUACAAAAAGUUGAAAAUGAAGUAUUACCAGUUAUUUUGAAGCUAACAAUCAUACCUACAAUAUGAUAUCAUUAAUUUUUCAUUUUAACCCCCUGGUAUCGACAGGAUUAACCCUCUCAGCAAUUUAGUGAAAGUUCAUAAAAAGGCCCUGUAGUAAACAACAGAAUCAUAAGAAGUCCCUACCUAAUCAAAAAAAUCCAUAAAGAAACCCUAAUGUACGAUAAUCCAACCUAAUAUCGAUCGAAAGACACAACCCGGCAGUCUCCUGUACAUGAAUACAUGAAUGGGUUGAUAUGAAGUUAUGGUUUGCACAUGUCACAUUUGUUGGUCAAGUUAGACCAUGAGAAUUGCGAAAUCAAAACACCUACAAAAAUGUCCAGGGUGUGGUUUUAUUGCUGAAUUGACAUGUAGACGAUGGAUAUCUUUUUACCGGUGAAUACUAGUUGUAUGUUGUUAUUAUCAAUAUGUCUGGCCUUCCCAGUUGGUCACAAGUUGUCAUAUUGACUUGUCCAGUUCGAAGUGUUCUGUUCAAUAAAAACACUUGAAUUCACUCGA